AUGAGCCCCAUCGUUCUCAAACGGCCCCUCGCAGAAGAAGCCAUCGUCAAUACUCCGCCCCUGGCGGGAUGUGCCGAAUCAUCAACAACGCUGGGUGCCGAAGAUCCGACCGUGCCCGACAAGAACAGUCCAAGACCAUUCGUCGGUGGCAAUCAGGGGAGGUCACGAAUCAGAGCACCGGGAGAAAGCCCAGAUGCCAUCGAAAAACUCGGCAAUGAGCUCCAGUGA